AGCAUUCUCAUUACGCUUCAGGGGAAAUUAGGGGAGGGGCAAGGUCUUAGCCACAGCCAAUGAGCAUUCAUUUUUGACCUUAUCUGACCUGGAAGAACCUUCGAUCUCUAAGCAUAUGGAGAAUGACUGCCAAGAAGAUCUACUAAACAAACAUAUCUGAUAUCACCUAAUAGCUGGUCAGAAUUAUCUUAUUGAAGAAGAACAUUUAACAACCUAGCUGAGCCUUUACAGGUAAGUCAAACAAAGACAGUAGUCAUACAGUAUGUCAGUAGUUGGUAUGUCAAACACACACUAAUAAUCAAGGAGAAGAUUAUGACCAGGUGUGCAUAAUGAUGGGGAACAGGUGUGCGUCUGAGGCAGAGAGUUGGACUAUGUGUGACAAUCCUAGCCAAAUUUCCUCAUCGGCUUGCAUGCAUCUCCACUAUAUCAAGGUGUUUUGGUACCUCCCUUAUUCACUACACCUUUCUGUGUGCUAACUUCUAGUGACCACAGGUUAAUAUAGUCUACCAGUCUAGCUGUCUAUCCUGCCCUCUAUCCAUCAUUCGUAGUGACAAUAGUGGUAGGUCGAUCAUAUGUCCAGAUCUGCAAUAGGCUAACUAGCAAUCAUACCACACAUAAAAACAUUCAUAGCUGCAUACCUUUUUUAUAUGAACCGACAAGAACAAAUAAGAAUAGCUGAUAGGCAGCAGAAAGGACACUGAAGACAGUCUGGCUGUAUUUUUUUCUUCUGACGCUGUAUGAGCUGUCUGUUGCCGAUCAUCAACCAAGUAGCCUACAUGUCUGAUUAAAAAAAGUCACCACAUCAUGGGAAAGCAUGCAGUUUAUUAGGCUACAGGUUAAAUAAGUUAUGAUGAACUUCACAGUGUGGUAAAAGUGCACAGUGAUGAGGGUUGACGCUUCUUUCAAUAAAUAUCGAGGGUCUUAUUCUGGUGACAUGAUGAUCGCUAAAAAUAAUCUUGCACUUUUGUCCGUAAUAAUGCUAUAGCUGCGCUGUAUCUGCAAGCUGUUGGCUAGAGCGCACAUGCCAAUAUUAGAGUGGGCACAUUCGCUAUGCCUACACAACAUUUUCAGUGACAAAAAAACAUCAGUACUCUAUGUAUUUAAGAACAGACUUGUAUCUGCAACAAGUCAAUUUGAUGGAAACAACUCUGAUGGGAAAAUGCUUCAGGGUUUCCUUUAGCUGGUAAAUCUCUCAGCCUUGCAUUCACCUGCUCCUGCUGCUGAGGAGGUUAUAUUUUAUUAAUACAAUUUCUCGAGAAAGAGAUUUUGUUUAACAAGUAACAGAAUAAAUCUGAAAAAGAUAUGUCAAAUGUAUUGGCACCCUGGCAGAGGCAACCAGAUUUCGGGCUAAAAUGUCCUGGUACUUGGUAAAGCUCAUGAUGCUGUUGACCUUAACAAGGGCCACAGGACCAGGGUAGGCAAAAGAGCCCCAUAACAUCAAAUAUGCAACCACCAUAUGUUACCGUAGGUAUGAGUUACUUUUCUGCAUAUGCUUCUGUUUUUCGACGCCAAACCCACCACUGGUGUGUGUGGCCAAAGAGCUCUAUUGCCAUGUCAUCUGACAAUAGCACCGCCUUGAGUUUAAUAGACGGCAUUGGCACUUGGAUUGGAACCGGUCCUAUGACCACAAAAUCAACAUUUUACAAUGGCCAUCUCUGUCUCCAGACUUAAACCCUAUUGAAAACCUGUGGUUUGAAUUGAUCCUCUUUUUUUAAAUAACCUUUAUAUAACCAAGAAAAUACCUUUUGAGGUUAGAAACCUCUUUUGCAAGGUGGACAAUAGCAAUUAGGUGGUACCAUGUAGCCUCGCCAACUCAGUGGUUAGAGGGUUCACCUUGAGAUUGAAAGGUUGGGGAGUUUGUUCCCCAGCCGAGUCAUACCAAAGACAAAAGAAAUGGGACCUGAUGCGUCUCUGCAUCAAGGAGAUGGAUUGGAGGUAAGGCCAUGCGAUAGCCUACUGUCUUGUCCAGGGCGUGUACUUGUACAUCAAGCUGCCAUGCUACAAAAACAGAAGAUGGGCUCCUGCUCCUAUGAGCCUUUAUGGCCAAGGCUACUUAAGGGAGAGUGGGGUAAGUUGAGAUUUUUUUUUUUUUACAUGGAGCUUCACUCCAUCAAGGGAAAUAUUGUAUUCUUUCUAACAAAUAUAUCUACAUAUAUUUCAGGAUGUUGUGUAUCCCUGGAAAUAAUCUGAAUUCAUGUAAACAUCGCAGUUUUGAAAACAUAGCGUGUCCAAAAAAAAGUGGUCUCUUGGCACAAGUUGAGCCGCGGGACAGGGUAAGUUGAGCCGCCUACCAUUAAUCAUUGCAUCUUUUAACACAGGCUUAACGCCUAACAAAUACUCACCCCAAGGAAAACAUUUUUACUAUACUAGCCCACACAGGUACAAGGAUGCACUUCACGCUAGGUUUACGACCUCAUAUUGAAGCUAGAGACACCAACUGAUGUAUAGGACAAUCUUAAAAUGAUCUAUUUUGGUUUAGAUACUGAAACCUCUAACACAAGAAAGUAAUUUGACUUGGUGAAAAACAGUUUUUAAACUUAACUUGCUUACCACUUUUUUCAUUAGGUUUCUUCUAUUACAGACUCCAUGAAAUGAUGACCUCUUCCUAACUAUUUGGUCAAAUUAUUCCUUUUGUGUAUGGUUUCCUAAAAACAAGGAGUGGCUCAAGUUAUGUGGCUUAACUUACCUCGCUCUCCCAUACUUACUUUAUGUAGCCUUGUCUACUGAGGAAACUAUUGACAGCGGCAACAUUUUAUUACAAACAGGCAAACUGUCAAACUAGACCACCAGGUGGAGCCAUGUGUACACUUUUUAAAGAUGUGAAGAAUCUUCGUUGAAGAAUAAACCUGUAGAGGUUCAUACAACCUUUAGAUGGCAACAUUGAUCAACAUUUACUGAAAAACAGCCAUUUUAAAUGAGUGCCUUUACAAUCGCUAACAUCCUUUUGCCCAAUCUGUAGUCACAUUUUCAAAACUCUCAACACAAUUAGCAAAACAUCCGUCUGUUGUGGACCAUACCAUUAAGACAAUUCAUGUUGUUUUCACAGAAUAUCCAGUCAAUUAACACAUUUCUAAAAUGCUUACAUGUUCAUAACAUACAAGCUUACCCAAUACCAAAAUGAUGGAUCUUUCUUCUCUUAUUUACAAAUGCUUGCACACAGCAUGCCAGAAAUGUAGACCUAAUGUGGAAAACCUUAAAUAUAGUAUAAAGUCUCUACUUCUGCAACAACAGCAGCUCAAAAGCUAUAUUGAAACAGCUGAAAAGCAUUUUUGAAUGAACAGAUCAUAGAAAUAUUGAGAAAUAGCUGAUUUACUGUAGGUUGUGUAAAAUAGACCAACCACAGCUGAUUCCAAUCUCCAUCGGAGACAGCCAGGUGUUGAAGUUCUUUCAAUUGCAUGGACAUACACAGUACAAAGAGGAGUCUUUGGACUGAUUUUGUUCAAUCUGGAUACAGAACAGCACAGAGGAGCAGAGAGAAAAAGGACAGGAAUAGCUGGACCAGGAAGAGGAGUAGCUGGACCAGGCAGAGAAGUAGCUGGACCAGGCAAAGGAGUAGCUGGACCAGGCAGAGGAGCAGCUGGACCAGGCAGAGGAGCAGCUGGACCAGGGAGAGGAGCAGCUGGACCAGGGAGAGGAGCAGCUGGACCAGGGAGAGGAGCAGCUGGACCAGGCAAAGAAGUAGCUGGACAAGACAGAGGAGUAGUUGGACCAGGGAGAGGGGUAGUUGGACCAGGCAGAGGAGUAGUUGGACCAGGCAGAGGAGUAGUUGGACCAGGCAGAGGAGUAGCUGGACCAGGCAAAGAAGUAGCUGGACAAGACAGAGGAGUAGUUGGACCAGGGAGAGGAGUAGCCGGACCAGGGAGAGGAGUAGCCGGACCAGGGAGAGGAGUAGCCGGACCAGGCAGAGGAGUAGCCGGACCAGGCAGAGAAGUAGCCGGACCAGGCAGAGAAGUAGCCGGACCAGGCAGAGAAGUAGCCGGACCAGGCAGAGGAGUAGCCGGACCAGGCAGAGGAGUAGCCGGACCAGGCAAAGAAGUAGCCGGACCAGGCAAAGGAGUAGCUGGACCAGGCAAAGGAGUAGCUGGACCAGGCAGAGGAGUAGCCGGACCAAGGAGAGGAGCAGAGGAGUUGUUGGACCAGUGAGAGGAGUAGUUGGACCAGGCAGAGGAGUAGCUGGACCAAGGAGAGGAGUUGUUGGACCAGUGAGAGGAGUAGUUGGACCAGGCAAAGGAGUAGCUGGACCAGGCAGAGGAGUAGCCGGACCAGGGAGAGGAGCAGAGGAGUUGUUGGACCAGUGAGAGGGGUAGUUGGACCAGGCAGAGGAGUAGCUGGACCAAGGAGAGGAGUUGUUGGACCAGUGAGAGGAGUAGUUGGACCAGGCAAAGGAGUAGCUGGACCAAGGAGAGGAAUAUCUGGACCAGGCAGAGGAGUAGUUGGACCAGGACAAGGGAGAAGGAGAGGUAGGCGGAGAGGGAGAGGAGUAAGAAUGUGAGGGGGUGUUCAAAGGAGAGUAAGAGCUGUUGUCACUGAUGAAAUAAGAGACACCAUCAUAGACCAUGUGAUAAACCAUGGUCUAUCACUGAGAGAGACUGGUGAAAGAGUCCAGCCUAAUCUCAGACGGUCAACCGUGGCUUCCAUUAUCCGUAAUUUUCAACAAACCAACAGGUAAGUAAUGCAUUUCCCAAGGGCUUCUUCUAUCAUUACUGUUGCUAUGUCCCACAGUAACUGUAGGCCACCAGUCUCAAUGCAAAUACAUAUGUAGUAUUUUUGUUGUUCUAAAGGACGCAACGUCUUCCUCCCUCUGGGGGAAGAGGAAUGCUCCUCAGUGAAGACCAAGAGCAUGCCAUUGUAGGAUUGGUUAUUGCUGACAAUGCAAUAAAACUGAGAGAAAUUCAGACCAGAAUUGUAGAGGACAACCUGGUAUUACACAAUGUGGAAAGCAUCAGCCUGACUACUAUUUCUCGGACUCUGACCAAAGACAGAGUUUGAAUGAAACAGUUGUACACAGUUCCUUUUGAAUGGAACAGUAAGCGGGUCAAGGAACUCCGGCACCAAUAUGUCCAGGUAUGGUGUCUAUCCAAUAUGUCUUGUUCUAUAGUGAGUUUUACACUAUGCUACUCCACAUGUAAACAUGGGUUACAGUACAUACAGUAGGACAUACUGAAAAGCAUUUACACAUACUGUGUUUGAUUUCUUUCAGAGAGUCAUGGAGUUGGAGGCUAAUCAAACCCCACAUUAAAUCACUUAUGUAGACGAGGCAGGGUUUAACCUGGCAAAAACACGUCGGCAGGGAAGAAACGUCAUCGCGAAAAGGGCCACCGCUGACGUGCCGGAUCAGAGAGGAGCAAAUAUCACAAUGUGUGCUGCAAUCUCGAGUGCUGGUUUGGUCCUACAGAAAAUCCAGAUUGGUCCACACAACACUGAGCGCCUUCUUUUGUUUUCAGAUGACCUCUACCAACAACUGGUGCCAGAAGCAGAAAGGGAACAGGUGGGAGGAAACAUGAGGACAUUUGUGAUUGCAUGGGGCAAUGUAGCAUUCCACCAUUCACAUGCAAUCACAAACUGGUUUACAGCCCAUCCAAGAAUGGUUUGCCUUUUCCUCCCCCCUACUCACCUUUCCUCAACCAAAUUGAGGAUUUUUUUCUGCCUGGAGGUGGAAAGUGUAUGAUCAUCGACCACAUGACCAAAUGUCCCUCCUGGAUAAAACGUAUGCCGGCUGCAGAGACAUCUCAGCUGAAGACUGCCAGGGGUGGAUAAGGCAUGCCAAGCGUUUAUAUCCAAGGUGCAUAGCGAGAGACGACAUAAGAUGUGAUGUGGACGAGAACAUGUGGCCAAAUGCUGAAGAUUGUAUAAAUUAGAACAGGACUUGAUUUUUGUGUUUUUUCCCUUCUAUGCAUUCUUUACUGUAAUUGUUAAAUUUUUACACAUUUGGAACCAAAGGCCAUGUAUGUUGGAUUUUUUGUUGAUCACUGGCAGCAAUUUAUUGUUGCUAAUAAAGCUUUUACUGCA